GACGGCGGACGGCGCAUGCGCAGUGUGCGCGGGGCAGAGGCCGCGCAUGCGCGUUGCCGCCCCCGCGGGCGGGCCGGGGGGACGUGGGCCAUGGCGGGCGGCGGGGCGCUGCGGGCGGCCGUUGCCGCCCUGGUGUUGGCGGCCUGGGGCGCCCACGGCCUCUACUUCCACAUCGGCGAGACCGAGAAGCGCUGCUUCAUCGAGGAAAUCCCGGACGAGACCAUGGUUAUCGGGAACUACCGGACGCAGCUGUGGGACAAACAGUCGGAGUCAUUCCUGCCCUCCACCCCUGGGCUGGGCAUGCACGUGGAGGUGAAGGACCCCGACGGCAAGGUGGUGCUGUCGCGGCAGUACGGCUCCGAGGGGCGCUUCACCUUCACCUCCCACACGCCGGGCGAGCACCAGAUCUGCCUCCACUCCAACUCCACCCGCAUGGCGCUCUUUGCUGGCGGCAAACUGAGGGUGCACCUGGACAUCCAGGUGGGUGAACACACCAACAACUACCCCGAAAUCGCCGCCAAGGACAAGCUGACGGAGCUGCAGCUCCGCGCCCGGCAGCUCCUCGACCAGGUCGAGCAGAUCCAGAAGGAGCAAAACUACCAGCGGUACCGGGAGGAGCGUUUUCGCAUGACGAGCGAGAGCACCAACCAGCGGGUGCUGUGGUGGUCCAUCGCCCAAACCAUCAUCCUCAUCCUCACCGGCAUCUGGCAGAUGAGGCACCUUAAGAGCUUCUUCGAGGCCAAGAAGCUGGUGUAGCCCCCCACACCCCCCUGGGAGCCCCUGCUGCCUGCCGGGGUGGGGUGGACCCUGCCUGUCAUGAGGGAGGGCGGGGGCCAGCCCCAAGGUGGUGUUUUUGGGGGAAAAUAAAGUGGGGUUUUUUGGGUCCGA